AUAGUGUUUGGCAAUGCUUCUGCGGCUGCGGUUAAUGAAAAAGCAAUAUUACACCUGUUUGGUUAACUACAAACCGCAGGUUAAUUUGACGUGGGUCCCAUUAGAAACUGCGUUUCAAAUACAAAAAUUGAAAAGCAAUUAUCUUUUGCUUUUCAUGCGUUUCUGCUCUCUCUCAUCACCGACAAUUUCCAAUUGCUUCCCAACUGUUCUCUCUCAGACCCUCAUCAAUUUGCAAUAAACUCUUCCCAACGGUAAAAAAAAAACCCAAAAAAUUCACUGGAAAGCAGUGUUGUGUUGAUCUAUCAGUUUCCUUCAUGCGGUUUUCUCCCUCACCACCAAAAUUGCCCUAACCACCAACGCCAGACAAGCUUUUCUUCCCCUCUGUCCAUUCAAACACAACCCGUCACCGAUCCGUCCCUCCAUUGUUACAAUUGCAGAAAAAAAACCAAGAGAUUGGUCCCGGGAAAGGUCCACGAGCGAGAUACCAGAACACAGCUGCAACACCGCUGGGGUUUGCAGCACAAAAACGCAGAGACUGAGGUAAGUUCCUCCCUUAUCUCCAUCUUCUUUUUCAGUUUUUUAGAUGAAAAAUUUCAUUGUUGCUGCAUGCUCGAUUACAAAUUUUUGAUUUGUAAAUCUUUAUAAAAGGGACACUAAUGGCUUUCUGAAAAACCCAGCCCUAAACCGCCGUGAACCUUCUCCAAAAACCCCCUCUAUCUUCCCCUCUUCUAAUUAUUGCAUUGAUUUAAACAAUUCUUUGAAUUUAUUUUUUUCAAUCUGGAGAGGCAAAUGACGAAUCUUUUUAAUUGUUGAAUGCUCAGACUCUUGGGUUCUUAUGAUUUAUAUGCUUGAAAAAAAACUGAUCUGAUGCUCUCUAUCUUUCUGCUUUUAUGUCUUCAAGUCUCAGCUUUCAUUGUUUUUUUUUAAUUACUGUGCUGCCAGCCAAUGAUGCAAACCCUGAUUUUCACUUAAAGCAGGGCUAUCGAUCUGCCUAAACUGUUGUUAAUACAUGAACUAGGACGGUCUGAGGCUUGAAUGGUUUUAGUUUUUUUUUGUUUUUCAAGAUUUUGUUUUCUAUCUUCUUGUUCGAAGGCUAAAAACUUGCUUUGGACUCUGUUUUGUGCAUGAUGAGAAACAUAAAAAAUAACAGUUAUCCCUGGCUAAUUCAUCUGUGCUGAUUCCUUAACCAGGAAAAAAAUUAAUUUUAUGUGUGUUUGCUUGAUUCCUUUACGGUAGCUAGCAGAUUAGUUGUUCUACUCCUCUCUUUUUCGCAAAAAUUCCCAUGUUAUACUGAACUUUAUAUUUACAGUAACUUUUUAAGCUAUUUUGAACAGAAAUUUUUUGAUCACCAAACAAGCUAGACUGAGGUAAGUUCCUGCCUUAUCUCCAUCUUCAUUUUCUUUUGUUUUAGAUGAAAAAUUACAUGUCUGUGUACUUGCAUGAUCAAUUACCGUGUGUUCGUCAAUUGACAAUUAUCGUAAUGAGUUCCUAUUAGCAUGUCAUGUAGGACUACUUUUAUUUAUAAAUCAAAAUUUUUUGUUUAGUUUUGUGUGUUUGCAUGCUGCGAAAGAAAGCUGGGUUUCUUUGAAUGUAUAAAUAAAUUCUGUUCUGUUUGUUUUUUCCCUCUAUUUUUGAUGAGAUAACAGCAUGCUGGCAAUGAAGUUUUGCAUGAUCAUUCAAAUAUUAUGGCUGAAACUGAGUUUCUGAACAGUUGAAAAUUUAUGGGUUGCAAUUACAUUUCAUUACAAAUUAACAUGAACAUUCUCAUUGACAUACAUGCACGGUUAAUGUUUUUUUGCCAAACACACAGCUUUUGUAAAUGCUAAACAUUGAGUGCUUUAUUAUUGUAUUAGUCCACGGUUUAUUUAUGUGCCACAAUUUAAUUGAUAUCAUUUUUAUUCAUUUCAAACUUUUGUUAAAUGUUUUAAAAGAUAUCAUGGAAGGGCUUGAAUCUUCUGAUAAGGCUGCUUGGACAAAGGAAAUGUUGCAUAUAUUUUGUGAUAUAUGCAUUAAGGCAAUUGAUAUGGGAAUGAGACCUAAUACUCAUUUCGAUAAACCGGGGUGGAAAUUUCUUAUAACAUCAUUUAAAGAACAAACUGGGCAUGCAUUUACUAAAACACAAUUGAAAAACAAAUGGGAUGGAUGCAAAAAGGAUUGGAGGAUAUGGAAUAAGCUGGUUUCUGAAACCGGUGUUGGCUGGAAUAGUGAAUUAGGCACAAUUGCAGCUAGUGAUGAGUGGUGGAAACAAAAAAUUCAGGAAAUUAGAGGAGCCAAAAAAUUCAGACAUGUCGGUAUUGAGCCGUCUUUAAAGAAUAAAUUUGACCGAAUGUAUUCCAACAUUGUCGCAACUGGAGCGUUUGCAUGGGCUCCUUCAUCAGGUGUACCUGCUGGCAGUGGUGUUGAUCCUGGUACAAGCAAUGCCGACAUUGCUGAUGAUGGUUUGGAAGAGGGCAGCGGUGAUUCGGAGGAAGAUGUGAUUCCAGAUUUCCAGACUGAUAUGGCUCGAAUGGUUGGAGGGAUACAUAUGUCUAGCAGCACCAAUACAAAAAGCGGCGAGAAAAGAAAAGAACGAGAUCAUUAUGAUGUGCGAGGUAGAAAGAAGAAAACAUCUGGAAUUGGUGUUAAGUUGCUGACAAGGUGCAAUCAUCUACUUGAGAGUAUGUCAACUAAGAGUGAUUCGACGUCUGUUAAUAUGGAUCGUGAAGGCUGUAGUAUUCCCGAGGUCAUGGCUGAACUGCACUCCAUUCCUGGAGUUUCAGUUGACGAUGAUUUUCAUGACUUCGCUACGGAGUAUCUUAGUCUAAGAAGGAAAAGAGAAAUGUGGUCCAGUAUGGGCGAUAUGCAACAGAAGUUGCGAUGGUUGCAGCGAAUGUAUGAACGAAGUAAACGUGCUUAGCUGACAAGAGUAAUGGGAUGCCGGUUUUUAAAAGAGUAGUUUCCAUUUGCCGAAGUUUGUUCGAGGCAUUGUAUUUGCGGUAAUUGAUGAACUUUUUCUAGAUAAACUGCUUUACGGGAUUUAACAGACUUGUAUGAGAAAUUGUUGGUUGUAAUGUUGUAUUUUAUCAAUGAAUUACAAUGUUCAAUGGUUAAUGUUCAAUGGUUGACAUUUUAAUGGAAUUGGUUGGUAAUUUACCUUAACUGAUUUGUUAACUAUAUAUUUGUAUUUGCUGCCGUGAGGUCUGCUGGGAAUAAUAAUACAUGCUGCUGUGUUUCUUUCCUUAGCUGUACUUUUUUCAAUUUGUUAGCAACUGUUAGAUUAGGCAUGAAAGGAGAAACCAAGAUAUAUGCUUUGUAUGAGAUGGAGAGAGUAAUAAUAAUAAAGAAUCAAUAGGCAGCAUUUAUGUGUGCAUCGAAUUUAAUAUUUGAUGAUAUUUGCUGCAUUGUUUACCCCUUUAGGAUUCAUUGUCCAAAUGGGAGAGGGGGGGAUAAAAAUGAACCAAGGCAAAUAAAAAAUGACAGAUUGUUGCUUAUAAUUUACCUUUACUGUUGAUCCUUCUUUCUUUGCUGCCAUGAGGUUUCAUAAUACAUGCUGCUGUGUAUCUUUCAUUUGCAGUAAUUUUUUCAAUUGGUUAGCUAGAGAUUGACGUGUUGCAUACUGUUUUUGCCUUGGCUGUCUAGUGUUAGCUUGUGAGGUCUGAAACAACAACAUCUUUUGCAAACUGUUUGUGUUUUUUUCAUUGUUGCCGUGAGCUGUGAUGGGACUAAUGUUGU